AUGUGCCAAUAUGCCGGUAUUUUCUACCACGAAUGCCGCCACGUGCGCUUCCAACUCUACCUCUUCUGCCACAGCCUCCUCGACCAACUCAACCGCAUCAAUGACGCCGUCCAGCGCGACGCCUUCGCCCUUCCGUUUACCCCCGAUCUGCCCGGCUGCGAGCCGCGCGCCGUCUUCAACGGUUCGGUACCCGAUACCUCGGCGCAGUACGGGGCCACGAACGUCGUACAAUGGGUGAGCCAUAUCGCGGAGCUAUGUCCUGAUUGUGCGGAGAAGUGUGAGCAUCAGGAGUCGAGAAGAGGGAAGUGA